AUGCGGCCCCUGCUCCUGGACGGCUGCGGCGCCGACGGCCCGGAGGACUCGGGCUCCGACGCGGAGAACGCCACGGAGAGCACCCUCUCCUGCGGCUCGCUCCGCGAGCUGCCCCGCAGCGCCACCCGGGUGGACCGGAAGAUGGGGUGGAGCUCGCUCCUGAGGACGACGCACGCGGUCAUCGACAGCGAGGACGCCACGUACGUCAUCGUGUUUACACGGGCGCGCGAGCCUGGCAGUGUGGAUCCCGACAGGCUGAUCUUGGACCCGCAGGAGCGGGCGAGGCAGAUCUUCGUGCGGCCCGAGGACCAGGAGAUCGAGGGUCUCGGCUCCGAACCUGUCCGCGCCGCCGUAUACCAUGAGCUUGUGCGGCAGAGGAUCCAGGCGCUUCUUCUGAGAAGUGGUUUCAUGUGUUCUUCUUUCCCUAGCGUAGAUGGAGACGAAACCUUCCUGAAGAUCCAUUUGGACCCCGAGGGAGAGACGGUCUACGCGCUGGCCGAGCACUUCGAGUACAGGGUGCCCCUCAGCAGGAAGUGCUACAAAUCUACGAAGCAGAUCACCAAUCAAGCAGGUUGGACAUGCUUCGCCCAUACCGCCUUCACCAGGAAGCUGCACCAGGAGGGGAAACUACAGCCAUUCCGGCAAGUGGACCUGAUACGCAUCGCCUAUCAGCAUCUGUCCAGCUUGGUGAAUUUGGAGCAGCUGCUGCUCCAGGAAUUCAUCGUUACCCACUUCCCCGCGGCGGGUUUUGAGGAGUUGAGGGCCCUCGAGAUGCACUGGACUCUGCCAUUGCACUGCCGCGCACAGCUUGUGCCCAAGCAGGUCAAGGAUUAUUUCGGUGAGAAGAUUGGUUUCUACGUUCACUUUUUUAUUUUCUACAUCCGUGCUCUGUGCGUGUUGAGCCUGAUCGCAUUGCCCUUCACCUUGGUUAAAAGGUGUGUCUUCCCCGCCGACGUGCACAUGGCAGCACUGGUCAACAUCGGGUUCGGGGCCGCGGUAGUGCUGUGGGCGGUGUUCUUCGAGGUCAUCCUGGUCCGGAGCAUCGCCCGCACCGCCCAGGGGUGGGGAACCAAUGAGGCCAGGCUGGCGCCCGGGCAGGAGGUCCCGGGGGUGGGCUUCGACCCCAGCCUGGCGGGCACCCGGAGGGAGCGCCAACUGCACGUCUUCGCGGCGCUGUGCUCGGCCUCGUACUGCAUGCUGUUCGUGCUGGGCGUCAUGGUCAUCAACUCGCAGCGGCUGAACGAGUCGUGCCAGAAGACCAAGGCGUGGCUCAUCGCGGCGUUAAUUGUCGUCGCGAAGAAGGUGUGGGGCAUGAUCGCGCCGCGGCUCACCAGGCUGGAGAACCACAGGACGCAGAAGCGCUUCGACGACGAGCUGACGCUGAGGCUUUCAGCCUUGAAGAUAUUCUUCCUGCUCUGGCCAGCUUUGGAUGUCUUCGUCUUCGAAGGGCACUCGCACUGUGCAGGCACCAGGAGGGAGGCAGCCGAGAUGGUUUACGGGGCGUUGCCAUUGAACGGUUCGGCCCCAAAGUGGCCUCGAGGGGAGUUCGCUGGCGAGUUGAACGUGAAUACGUACGAGGAUCGGCUACGCUGGGGGGGGUCCUUUGUCGAGGACUUCCUGGAGCUAAUGCUUGGGUUCGCGUACAUUACUAUUUUCGCCAUGGUCAAGCCUGCUAUGAUCUUGAUCGCAACUGUCGCGCAGCUAGUGGAGUACGGCCUGCUCGUCCUGCGGAUGCGACUUGUAACGGGUCGGCCGUACCCAGAAGCGGCCGCAGACAUCGGUAAGUGGAGGUUGGUGAUUGUGAUGGUCGGGACCGUCGCAGCUUUCUUUAACGGGUACAUCGCGGCAUUCGUGAUACGGCCAGCGUGGUUCACGGGCGUUCAGCGAUGGUUGGUGUUCUUGGUCUUUGGUGGCGUCAGCCUGCUGGUGCGCACGAUCGUUCGGAACGUGGUCCCCGAUCAGCCCCAUGAUGUCCGCCUUAUCGACGACUACAACGCUGACGUAUUACGGCAUCUCCGGCCUGUGGUGGAGACGCUUCAGUUCGAGGAGGGCCAUCGUCAAAAUCAUGUGGACAUCCGCUUGUGCCCGGACGACAUGCCUGACGUGGGUGCCAUGUCAACUAGUUUGGUUCACAAUCCACUGGAAGCGCUGGAGUGCGGCCUGUCCACAGUGACCAACCUGUCUCCGCGCUCGCCAACGCUACUAGAAACGAUGGCGCUGCGCACACGUAACCCACUGGAGAAGGCAAAGCGGACUCAUCAUCGUCAGUAG